AUGGCGGCUGGGAGCAGCUGCCAUUGCCGGAAGAGUGCGUUCAGCCUUGCAGCCGGCUCUCCUCCCUGUUCCCGAGCCGUCCCGGGGACGGGAGGCAGCGAGGCGCAGGCUGAACCGAUUCUGCCGCCCUGGCAGCGGCCCCGUUUGCCGGAGCAGCUCCGAAGCGGGGAGCGACUUACCUGUGCGGGCGUGCGGCGAAGCCGGCGAGCCCGGGCACCGCCAUGUUGCUGCUCCCGCUGCCGGGAGAGGCCUCCUGCCCUGCCGCCACUGCGGUCAGCCGCGCAGCGUGCCCGGCUGCGAACCGUAGGCAUCUCUCGGAUCCGUGGGAAGUUGCUGGAAGGUCAGAAGGACUGCCCGCAGGAACUAGCGUACGCUGUGCCGCUAGAAGGAGAGCGAAGAAUUUGUAAGGUGUCGAGACAACUGGAUGUUAGUUAUCUCGACAGCCAGUGCGGGAAAGCGUCGCGGCGGUCUCCCUGCCCUGCUCAGCACCGCAGAGCAGAACGCGACCUUCCCCCUCCGGCGCAGGGCUCCGCCGCCUCCCUCCAGCCCUGCCCGGGCCAGGAAGGCUGCGAGGGCAACAGCCGCGGGGGCGGCUCGCUCCCCGCCCGGCUCCCGGCCCCCGAGGGAGCCGCGGGGCUGCCGGAGAUGCCGGCCGGGGUCGCGCAGGGAGCCCAGCGUUUGAACGUAUGGAAGAGAAAGAAAAGUGCGUCUCCCGGGCGGCGCGGAGCCCAGCUGCGCAGCCCGGGGAAGCGGCGCGGGGAGCCGGGGCUGGCGGGGGGACCCUCGGCGGGACCCCGUCACCCACCGGGAGUGCGAGAGCUGCGGGCUUCGGGGCUGGUUUACGUUAACAAACUGCGUUUAAUUAGUUUUACCACAUCCUGUAAUCCGAAUGAAAUGAACCAACUGGUGAACCAUCUCCUAAAAGACCAAGAGGAAGACCCAAAGGAAGCAAAAACAAGAGUCCCUCUAAAGCAGCUCAGAAGAAAGCAGAAGCCACUGGCGAAAAGCGACCCAGAGGCCGGCCCAGAAAAUGGCCUCAACAAGUGGUUCAGAAGAAGCCUGCUCAGGAAGAGACUGAAGAAACGUCCUCACAAGAAUCGGCAGAGGAAGACUAGGAGACCGCACCAUGCAAUUUCUACCUCAUCAGCAGUUGGAUCUUUUGAAGGGAGAAGACACUGCCUUGACCACUUAUUUUCUAUUGCCAUGGUCUUUCCACUUUUGCCUGGGGGAAAAAAAAAUAAUCGCAUAACCUUAAAAAGGAUUUGACUAAUCAUCUUCUUUGUAAUCCCUUCACAGUCCCAGGUUUAGUGAAAAACUGCUGUAACACACAGGGGACACAGAUUAACGAUGCAACUUUUAAUUACUGUUUUCUUUUUUCUUAACCUACUAAUAGUUUGUUUGAGCUGCUAAGUAAGGGUGAAUGGGUCAAGAAGAGCUCCAAAUCAGGUUU